AUGGACUUCUUAGGUAUUCCGUAUACAAUCUAUCUAAUAACACACUGGAGUCCAACAUAUAUUGAUCUAGAUCCAUAUUAUGUUGUUAUUCUAGGAGCUUCUACUGUAAUUUAUUUAAAAGUUCAUCUGAUUCUAACUAUAUCUGCUGCUGUCGAGCGUAUUUUGGUAAGAAAUGAGCUUACAGCCCAGCAAGCCCUCUUUCUGCCGGCUUACUACCGUAAAGUAGCUUGCUCCACAUAUGUCGUCGUUUCGCUGAUGACCGCCCUCCUUUGGGCAGCACUCGAUCUUUGUAUGGAAUUCAGUCUUUUGGCUUUCGAGAGGAAACCAAACUGCGCUGCAGUGGGAUGCUUUUUGGACCGUAGCUACUCAUACUAUUUUAGCAUGAACGGUUUGGUGCUGAGCCUCACCGCAUUUGCACUGACAUCGCUUUUCAUGAUAAAGUUGAGAUGCUCUCAGCGGAAAUCGCGAACCCUUCAGGUACACACAGUAGGAGAGGAGUGCAGGUUCACACAGGCGCAUCCAAAAUAUGCAGUUGUCUACGAUAUCUUUGUAGUGAGCUGUCUGUACAAGAAAACACUGGAACUCGUCUGCUAA